GUGGAGUUUGUCUAGUUUUAUCUUCCAUAUUAGAUAAUGUGAUUUAGUUAAAAUAGGGUAAAUGAUUUUUAUUCAAACUAGGACUCUCUCUUAUAUAUUUCAACACACUAACACUAUUGUUCACGUAGUUAAAAAUCACAUUUACUCAAAUCAUGGCAUCUUCAUCUUUGCAACAAGAAAAAUGCAAUCAUGGUGAGGAUACUAGAAAGAUUGUGUUAAAAAAAGGAACAUGGUCAAAUGAAGAGGAUCAGUUAUUAAGAGAAUAUGUGACAAAAUAUGGAGUUGGAAAGUGGGAUUCUGUACGAAAGAAAACAAAGCUUGCUCGAGAUGGAAAAAGUUGUCGUUUAAGAUGGUUAAAUCAUCUAAAUCCGAUUUUAAAAAAGUGUCCGUUCAAUGAAGAAGAAGGGAGAAAACUUAUUCAUCUCUAUAAUGAGUUAGGACCCAAAUGGUCUCAAAUGAUUUCACAGUUUCCUGGAAGAACCGAUAACGAGUUAAAGAAUUUUAUUAAUUCCAAAAAAAGGAGUUUAAAAAAUUCUAGAAAGCACCUCAUUCCAGAAAGCAUAAACCAAGUUGAUGAGUUGAAUAACAGUGUUGGAGAAAUUAGUAACCAACAAAAUAAUGUCUCCCAAGAAGAAGAAAUGGUUCUACCAAGAAUGGAAUCUGAUCAUCAAGAAGAUACUCUACAUGGUAACUAUCUUCUUGAUCAAAUUUAUGAUGACAAAAAUAUCAACAACUGUCAACAAUUUUCAACGUUGGCUGAUGAUUCAAGUAUGCUAUGCAAUAAUGAGGAGAGUACUUGUUUCAACAAUCAUGUUGUCCCAACAUUGGAUGAUACGUUUCAAGAUUUGGAAGAUAUAGUUCCAUCAUUUUCAUCAAGUAAUAUGUUUUUUGAUCAAGAUCUUCCUCCAUACAAUCUAGACAUGGAUUAUCAACUUUCACAAGAAAUGUUUUCUGACCAAUAUCUUCAAAAUCCAUAUCUAUCAUCUAAUAUGUUUUUUGAUCAAGAUCUUCCUCCAAUUCCACAAUACUAUCCAUACAAUAUAUUAUCAACUUCCACAAGAAAUGCAUUCUGACCAAUAUCUUCAAAAUCCAAUUCUAUCAUAUGAGGAGCCUCAAUAUGAGAUCUUAGAACCUUGGUUGCUAUCUGAAUGUGUUCCUCUUUGGUGAACUUGAUUGAUGAAAAACAUGAGAUGAUGGUAGAACUUAUUACUCCACAUAGUAGAUAUUAUAUCUGAAUGUAUUUCAUACAAUGUAAAAGAUAUCUUAGACACAUUUAUAUAUGGAAAAAAAAUUCCAUCCUACG